AUGGCCAUGGUCAAUCCUACUAAUGGGAUUGUUAAAGAUGUGGUUGAAGAAGAAGAACUGGUGGAACCUAAGUUUGAGAAGAUGGAUGAUCAAGAUGACAUCCAUACAACCUAUGAAAAGCUACGAGGCAUUCAUUCAGAACGCCGAGUCAUCUUGUCUGAUUUUGUAGACACCGACCUUCCCUUUGUCAUUCACAGUAGAGGAUGGGAGUCACUGUGCGAUGCCCCGGUCACUUGUCCUCUUGUGCUGAUCCAGGAGUUCUACUCCAACAUGCACAGGAUUGAUUGGUCUAUACCUCUUUUCUUCACUCGCGUUCGAGGUACGCGCAUUCCUGUCACACCGCAGUUAGUUGCGGAUGUGCUUCAGGCUACUCCUUCACCACCUUCUCCUGUGGCUUCUGCUUCUGAGGAUGAAGAUGAUGAUGAUGGCUCCAUAUCAGCACAUGUUGGUAAUUUAAGUUUUUUGAAAAAUCUAACACUCCAAAACAACAGCUUUCAUAAAGAAAUCCCUCCAGAAAUUGGCCGUUUACACAGAUUGCAAUUCCUAUUUUGCACAAUAACACGUAGUGGCAAAAUUCCAAGCAACAUAUCUGGUUGCACCAACCUCAAAACCAUUAUUGCAAAUGGCAACCUUUUGGAUGGGGAAAUCCCUGCAACUCUUGGCACUUUGUCAAAACUGGGAUAUAUUUCUUUUGGAUCAAAUAAUUUGACAGGAAUUAUCUCACCUUCUUUUGGCAACUUAUCAUCUCUACAAGUGUUUGCUACCUAUCUUAAGAACUUGGGUGGGAAUAUCCCUACUUCUUUUGGCCAAUUGACGAAGCUUAUAUAUAUUGGUGUGGCUUCAAAUAGGUUGUCUGGAAAAAUUCCUCCCUCAAUUUUCAAUUUGUCUUCGAUAAAAUAUUUUGAUGUAGCAUUCAACCAAAUCCAAGGGCAUCAUCCGUCUGAUAUAGGUGAAAAUAAUCUUCAAGGAAGUAUCCCCUUAAGCCUAGGCAAGUGUCAAAAUUUGAAUGUUUUGAGUCUUUCUAAUAACAAUCUUAGUGGUACCGUAUCAUCUCAAAUUAGUAGCUUCUCAUUCUCACCAGUUGCUGUAGACUUGUCAGGCAACAAAUUUACUGGUGUCCUUCCCAUGGAAAUAGGAAAUUUAAAAAAUCUAGAAUACUUUGAUAUUUCUAAAAACUUGUUGUUUAGUGAAAUUCCUACAAGUCUUGGUAGCUGUGUAAAACUAGAAUUUCUAGUCAUGAGAAGAAACUUCUUCAAAGGAGUCAUUCCUCCAUCUUGGGAAUCAUUAAGAGGCCUCGAAAGUUUAGAUCUUUCUAACAACAAUUUUUCUGGCAAUAUUCCAAGAUUUUUGGAGCACUUUGACUUCUUGCAGUUAUUGAAUUUGUCUUAUGAUCAAUUUGAGGGUGAGGUACCAACAAAAGGAGUUUUCAAUAACACAAACACAACUUUGAUUAAGGGAAAUAAAAAUCUUUGUGGAGGCAUCCCAAAGUUUGAGCUCCCCAUAUGCAAAUACAACAAGUCCAAGAAGAGAAAGUUGAUUCUUUCCUUGAAGUUGAUAAUCUCUAUACUUUCGGGGCUUCUUGGAGUAACUUUGGUGAUGUCAUUUCUACUUCUCUUCUCUUUAAAAAGAAAAAGGAGAGAAAGUAGUUUAAAUAAUUUAGGAAAUUUACUUUUAAAUGUGUCUUACCGAAGUCUCCUAAAAGCUACAGAUGCAUUCGUCACCACUAAUUUAAUUGGUGUGGGUAGCUUUGGAUCUGUGUAUAGAGGAAUUCUAGAUCAUGAUAGACGUAAAGUUGCUGUCAAGGUGUUCAACCUUUUGCACCAUGAUGCUUUCAAGAGUUUCAUUGCUGAAUGUGAGGCUUUGAGGAAUAUCAGACAUCCAAAUCUUGUUAAUGUACUCACAACAUAUUCAGAUUAUCUUCAUCAUCAUUGCCAUACACCAAUUGUUCAUUGCAACCUCAAGCCUAGUAAUGUUCUUCUCGAUGAUGAAAUGGUUGGACAUGUUGGUGACUUUGGCUUGGCAAGAUUCCUUCUUGAGUCCCAAGAUUGUUUCACUAAUCAAUCAAGCUCUAUCGGAUUAAGAGGAACAAUCGAGUAUGGUAUGAGAAACAAGGUGUUAGCUUAUGGUGAUGUCUACAGUUAUGGUAUACUAUUGUUGGAGAUCUACACAGAAAAAAUGCCAACUAAUAUCAUGUUUAAAGAUAGCUUGAACAUUCAUGAAUUUGUUAGAUCAAAUUUGCCCGAACGAGAGAUUGAUAUCACAGAUCCUAUUCUUCUUUUGGGAAGAGAAAUUGGGGAAACAAGGAUGAACGAUACUCACAAUCAAAAUGGAAUUGGAAGGCCCAAAAUUCAAGAGUGCUUGAUUUUGAUAUUUGGAAUUGGAGUUUCUUGUUCCAUGGAAUUCCUAAGAGAGAGAAUGCAUAUUAGUGAUGUUGUAGCUCAGCUCCAUUUGAUUAGAGAAAAUCUCCUCAAAACUAGAAUACGCUAA